AUGGGUGAGCAGCUGCAGGUGUGCAGUACUCUGGCUCUCCGCGGCGCUGAAACGGAGCGGGAUGUUCGCAGCGCUCGGCAGACCUCUGGGCGCGCAGCCGAGCCCCCCCCUCCCGUGGAAAAUGACCAGAACCCCGAGGCCGAGGACAGCGCUUUUGUCAGGCUGGAAAAAAGAUUCGAAGAAGUUCUUAAUGAACUCCUUGGCGAUAAAAACCUGGAAAAAUACAGAGUUGAAUAUGAGAAACUUGCUAAAGCCUUGAAGAAGUCCCACGAGAGUGAGAAGAGACUCAUGACAAAAUGCAGGGAAUUAUCGGCCGAGAUAGUGUCCAACCGAGUAAAAGUAGAUGCAGCUCGAAAGCUGUCCGAAGAAGACAAAUCAGUUGCUGACACAUUGAAAAAGGAAGUAGAAAAGGCAUGGAAAAUGGUAGAUGCAGCCCACGACAAAGAAAUGACCAUGAAGGAAACCAAUCACAAUUUGAAGCAUGAAAUUUCAAAUCUAACAAAACUUAUUGAACAAGGCGCAGGUGUGGCUAGUGGUCAGGAGCACAGUUUGAAAGAUUUGCUGAAAAUCAAAUCUGACCUAACAAAGGAAAGAGAUGAACUCCUGUCUGAAGUAGCAAAUAUACGAGAAAGUCUAACGAAGGCCAUCGCCAGUCAACACGAGACCGAAGCUUUGAAAACACAGGCGGCGGAAACGAUUUUGCAGCUGCAGCAGGACAUCCAGGUGCGGCAGAACGAGUGCUCUCGCGAGACGCGGAGGCGGGAGCGGCUGGAGAAGGAGGCCAAGCAGACGCAGGCGGACCUGGAGGCCAAGCAGGCCGAGCUGAAGGUGCUGGGCCUCCAGACGCAGCGCGGCCGGGAGGAGCAGCAGAGGCUGGAGCUGCAGCUCCGCGAGCAGAAGAUCCUCAGCGAGAGGGCCGCCAAGGAGCUGGAGCAGCUGCAGGUGAGGAACAGCAAGCUGCACCAGGAGAAUGAGCAGCACGCCCUGAGUGUGGAGCAGCUCUCCUUGGAGACCCAGCAGAGGACAUCUGAUCUGAAGAUGAAAGAAGAGGAGCUAAAUCAGAUGCGUCAGGAGAUAUCCAAACUAACCAAGAUGAGAGAAGCCACCCAGAGGAAGUUUCGACAGGCGGAAGAUCAGAAGGGGGAAGUGGAACAGCAGAGAGAUAUGCUGAAGAACCAGAUUACUGGAUUGGAGAGAGAAAUGGAAGCAUGCAGAAAGCAAACGGAACUGGAUAAGAAAGCCAUGGAUGAACUGGUGCGAGAGAGAGACAUAUUGAACAAGAACCUGGUCCGGGCAACCAAUGCCACGGAGAAACAGAUGGGCGAGGUGAAGCUGUAUGAGCAAUCGAAGAAGCACCUGGACCAGGAGAUCAUCAACUACAGAGACGAGGCCCAAAAACAACGCAAGAUCAUCUACCAGCUAGAGAAGGAGCGGGACCGCUACAUUAAUGAAGCCAGCGACCUCACGCACAAGGUUCUGCAGCACAUGGAGGACAUCAAAGUGAGGGAGAUGGAGAUCUUCGACUACAGGAAGAAGAUCGCUGAGGCCGAGACCAAACUCAAGCAACAGCAGAACCUGUACGAGGCAGUGAGAUCUGACAGAAACCUCUACAGUAAAAAUCUCAAUGAAGCUCUGGUGGAGAUAGCCGAAAUGAAGAGACAGCUGAAGAUCAUGAACCAUCAGGUUGAUCAGCUGAAAGAGGAGAUCAGUGGGAAGGAGUCUGCCCUUGUGAAGGAGCAUCUUGAAUUCCAGCGCGUGGAGAAGGACAAAGAGGCACUUAAGGCAGAGCUUCAGAAGAUGAAGCAGCAGGUUCAGGAGGCCAGACAGUUCAUUUCCACUCAGGAGGCGGAGGAGAGGAAACUGCUGAAGAUCGUAGACGACGCGGACGCAGAGCGACUCGCUCAGAAGAAACAGCUGGAUCAGGUGAUCAGCGAGCGUGACAUUCUGGGCACGCAGCUAGUGCACCGCAACGAGCAACUGGCUCUCCUGUACGAGAAGAUAAAGAUCCAGCAGUCCAUGCUCAACAAGGGCGAGAUGCAGUACAACCAGCGGGUGGAGGACAUCCGGCUCCUCAAGCUGGAGGUCAAGAAGCUGAGGAGGGAGAAGGGCAUCCUGACCAAGACGGUGGCUAACGUGGAAGACCUCCGGCGUGAGGUUUUUCACAUGCAAAAGGAGCUCCUGAGAGAACGGACCAGGUGCCAAGCCUUGGAGGAAGAACUUGAAAAUCCAAUGAAUGUCCAUCGAUGGAGAAAACUUGAGGCUUGUGACCCAAGCACCUUUCAACUGAUCCAGAAGAUUCACUCCUUACAGAAACGUCUGAUCACAAAGAGCGAGGAGGUGGUGGAAAAAGAGCUUUUAUUGCAGGAGAAGGAGAGGCUCUACGUCGAGCUGAAGCGCAUCCUGGCACGUCAGCCGGGGCCGGAGGUUGCCGAGCAACUUCAGAUCUACCAGCACACACUGAGGGAGAAGACAAAACAGCUCAAGGCGUUGUCGUCGGAGCUGAACAUGUGCGAGUCUCAAACGCAGGAGUACAAAUACCAGACGGAGAGAUUGGAUCACGAGCUGCAAAAUGUCAAGAAGAAGUACCUUGCUCAGAAGCGCAAAGAGCACCAUUCCAGGGAGAAGGAGAGGAGCUCGGCUCAGAUGGGCCCGGCGCUGAUCCAGCCUCAGCGCACCGACGGCCCCCGCUUCACCGGAGGAGGCUUCAGCCUGAAGCAGCCGGGGAGGAUCGCGGCGUAGACCCCCCCCC